AAGAAAGUGCUUCCGGGUAAUAAACAUGUCGGCCUCCAACGGGGUGUUAGCACCGGCUCCCGGCCGUCCUGCCUUCCCCGCUCCCCCCUCGGUGGCUCUGUCCGCCGAAGCCGCUCCGUUCACCCCCGGAGGUCCGGACGGCUCGCCGCUAGCUUCUCUGUCGGACGCGGAGAGACAGUUUUCUCGCUGCGCCGCCAGGCUCCGCGCCCUGCGGCCGGACUGCGGCCAGCUGAGGGAGGAGCUCAACCAGCUGUUUGACCAGCUGCUGUCGGAGAACUACAACAGGAGGUGUGAGCUCCCCAUCACCAUCCGACCGGAGGACGUGUGUCUCCUGCUGAAGCACGCCACCGCUCUGGUGCCGCUGAGCCAAGAACAUUUAGUUGUUAAAUUCUGUCAAUUAGUCCAUCACCUCCUCAAUCAGCUGAAGGUAAUAAUGGACGAACAGACUCUGGAAGUUCUGGUAAACUACACCGCCAAUGCCCUGAAACAAUGCAGCACGUGGACCCACUCGGAUGUCCUCCUGGCAUUUUCCACAGUAGUGUACGGGAACGGAUCUCAGUGCCACCAGCUCGUCAGUGACUUGCUGCGUGAGGACGGAGUCAUUCUGCAGUACAGCUCCCCGUCUCAGCCAAACAUUGAGCUGCGCCAUGUUGCCCUCACCUGCAUGGCCAACAUCUGCCUCAGGAUUCCUGGUCAGCCGCCUUUGGACGAUCAGUACAGAAGCGUUUGUUUCAGACUCUUCCUGAAGACACUGCAGACACCCAAACCUGCCAACACCGACGAUCUCUUCUACUGCAUGAUCAUCCAGGCUGCUCUGAAGGGACUCCAGUUCUGUCUCUCAGGUGGGAAGUGGAAGUUCGGGGUAGGAGAGGAGCUUGGAUCUGUCCUGGCUGCCCUGAAGAGGCUCAUGUUCCAGGGAGCGGCUGGUUUGAGUGUCGACUGGCCGGCGGUGCUUUACCCCGCGCCUCUCUCCCAGUACGAAACUCUCUCUCCACCAAAGCCUGCCGAACCACCCAAAGCGUCAAAAGAGGCGGAUAAAACAGGGAAACCUUCAGGAAAGAAAAAGAGGAAAUCCAAAGGAAAGGGAAAGAAGACGAAAACUGAGGAGAGCAGAUUGGAGGAGGAAGAGGAGGAGGAUAAGGAAGCUGUGCCUGAACUCCACAGAGGGGAAGGAGAUGCAGAGAUUUUACCCAAACAACCCUCCUUGCUUCUCUACCCAUCCUGGAAGCUGAACAGCUCAGAAUCAGAGUUUUCAGACCUUGAGGGAAAUGCACAGAGCAAGUUAAGAGUUUACCAGUGCCGUGUCCGUCAGCUGGCGCUGCACUGCAUGCUAGCAGCGGUGAAAGCUGUUGAGAGGAGGAGCCUGUAUGGAUACUGGUCCUCUUUCAUCCCCGACUCUCCUGCUGUCGGGCCUCCAUCUCUUACUCUCCUCACAAUUAUUUUAAAGGACCCCUCACCAAAGGUGCGACUGUGUGCGCUUCAGGUGCUGUCGGCCAUCUUGGACGGCUCCCGGCAGUUCCUGGCCGCGGCUGAAGACACGGCGUCCCCUCGCACGUCUUACACCCCGUUCUCCUUCAUGCUGGCUACGGCCAUCAGAGAGCUGCACCGCGGCCUCAGCCUGGCCCUUCUGGCCGAGACGUCCUCUCAAACGCUCACGCAGGUCAUAAAGUGCCAGGCGUUCCUGGUGGCCAACGCUCCCUACCAUCGCCUCAGACCUGGUCUGCUAAGCCUGCUCUGGAAGCAGAUUCGUCCUUACGUGCGUCACCGACACGUGACCGUACGCGGGGCUGUGUUGAGACUGUAUGGGGCCAUAGUAACCGCUCAGGCCCCGCUCCCCGAGGUGCAGCUUCUCCUCCAGCAGCCAGACAGUCCCAGCAGCAGCGGCGUCUCCGGCUCCGUGACGCCGCAGGACUCCGCUCUCAGCUGGAGACACAGGAACGGAGCCGCUUCGCCUGCUCGCACACCGGCAGCAUCCUCCCAACAGAACUCGCGCACACACUCCCCCCACCUUCCUCGCACCCCCAGAGAGGAGGAGGAGGAGGAGGAGAAGGCGUCGUCGCCGUGGCUGCUGAGGCUCUGCGUCUCCCUGGUGACUCAGCCCAGAGAGGAGCAGUCAGACAGCGAGGGAGCUGGAGGCGGUGCCGCUUUAGAGCCCUCUCCUGUUCGACUAGAAGCCCUGCAGGUGUUGUCCCACCUGGUUCGGGGUUAUUUUCCCCUUGUUCAGUCAAGUGUGUGCCAGAUUGGGCAGGUGAGCGCUCAGUGCCUUGGGGAGACGGACCACUCCAUCCAGCUACACAGCGCAAAGCUACUAGAGGAGUUUGGUGCUGGCAUAAUCCAACAGUACAGAGCUGAGAACAAUGUUCCUGAAGGCUCCAGGAUUCCUGUAGACCAAGUGGUGCGGUUCUGGUCGGCGGUGCUGAGCGGGCCGCUGAACGCAGCGCUGCAAAACGAACAACAUCCCACGCUGCAGGCCAGUGCCUGUGACACGCUCGCCUCCAUCCUCCCACAGGCCUUUGCCCAGCUGCCUGAUAAAACUCAGCUGAUGUGCAUCACCGUGCUGCUGGGCCUGACCUACCUGGAGAACUAUCUGGUGAAGACGGCGGCCGUCAGGGCUCUGGGAGUUUACGUGCUCUUCCCGUGUUUGAGAGAGGAUGUCAUGUUCGUGGCGGAUACUGCGAACAUUAUCCUCGCCGCCCUUGAUGACCAAUCGACAAACAUCCGAGCAAAGGCCGCCUGGUCCCUCGGGAACCUCACAGACACCCUCAUCAUUAAUAUGGAGAACAUGGGUGUGGAUUUCCAGGAGGAGUUGUCCGACAUGCUUCUGCUGAAGAUGCUGCAGGCGGCAACUCGAGCAGCUGCAGACAGAGACAAGGUGAAGUGCAACGCGGUGCGAGCGCUUGGCAAUCUGCUUCAUUUCAUGCGGCACAGUCAGAUGACUCGGCCCGUCUUUCAGCGCCCUCUGGAAGAGGCGGUCCGAGCUCUGGUCAAAACCGUCCAAUCAGAAGCUACGAUGAAAGUCAGGUGGAACGCCUGUUACGCCUUAGGAAAUGCGUUCAGAAAUCCCUCCCUGCCGCUCGAGACAGCGCCGUGGUCUCAGGAUGCGUUCACCGCCCUCUGCCACGUGGUGACCUCCUGCAAGAACUUCAAGGUGCGCAUCAAGUCUGCGGCCGCCCUCGCCGUCCCAGCGCAGCGCGGCUGCUACGGCGACCCGAAGCGCUUCGGCUGCGUGUGGCGCUCUCUGGCUACGGCCCUUGAAAACAGCGAAGACGCCGUGGACUUCCUGGAGUACCGCUACUGCGCCAGCCUCCGGCACACGCUCUCAGAGGCGCUCCUGCACCUGCUCAGCCUCAGCCAGCAGCAGGACAUGUCUGAACUCAGCGCGUCAUUGGCUGGGGAGGAGGGCGGGGGCAUUAAAGAGCAUUUAAUCAGGUAUCUUAAAGCGGAGGAAGGAGAGGGAAAAACCAGAGAAGAUGAAGCGGGAGAGGAGAGGAGCUCUGGGGAGGAGAGUAGCCACCCACAGCAGAGAAUGGGUAGACUCCAGCAGACGCUUGUCAGACUUAAGAGCCUGGAGGUGGAGGAGGGAGGGAAGGAGGAGAAGGAGGUGGUGGUUAAUUUCCUGGAGGAUCUCUUAAAAGUAUGUGGUCCUGGCCCCUUUAAUGAGUAAUUUAUUUUUGUGAUAAUAUGCGCUGGCACAGAAACUGUAUCUGUUUGGUCCAUUGGACUAAUUUCAUUUUUAUAUAAUUAUUUUUUU